AUGGCCUCUAUUUCCUUGCUCAAUCCAAAGGCUGAGUUCGCGAAAGCCCAAAAUGCCUUCCGGAUCAACGCUACAGCCGCCAGGGGAUUGUUUGAAGUUUUGAAAACGAAUUUGGGCCCCAAGGGCACAAUGAAAAUGUAAUGUUUCCGUAUGGUUUGUCUAAAUUUCUAGGCUGGUCUCAGGCGCGGGUGACAUCAAGAUAACCAAGGAUGGGAAUGUCCUUCUUCACGAAAUGGUUUGCUUGUGGCCAUGUUCUCACUCCUUUUUCAGCAAAUUCAACAUCCUACGGCCAGCCUGAUUGCACGUGUAGCAACCGCCCAAGAUGAUAUUACCGGUGACGGAACGACAUCAGUCGUCGUAAUUAUCUCCGAGUUGCUGAGACAGGCGGAGCUUUUAAUAACAGAGGGUCUCCACCCCCGACUUGUAACCGAGGGUUUUGAUUUGGCUAGGGAGAAGUGCAUCGAAAUCUUGGAGCAGUGCAAGGUCUAUGUUUCGCCGGAAAUGCCCGAGAAAGAUACUCUUCUAGCCGUCGCCGGUACCUCACUUCGCACCAAAGUUCAUCCAGACCUGGCUGCACUUUUGACUGAAAGUACUGUGGAUGCAGUGUUGGCCAUUAGGCAGCCAAAUGAGCCGCUGGACCUGCACCGUAUUGAGAUAAUGGAAAUGCAACACAAGACCGAUAUGGACACAACCCUGGUUAGAGGUCUAGUCUUGGACCACGGUGGCAGGCAUCCGGACAUGCCCAAACGUGUCACUAAUGCAUACAUCUUGAUCUGCAACGUUUCCCUGGAAUACGAAAAGACGUAAGUUCCCUAACCCUUCUCUGAGCGUAUUAGUGAGAUCAAUUCAGGCUUUUUCUACAAGACUGCCGAGGAACGACAAAAUCUUGUCAAGUCAGAACGCGAGUUUAUCGACAAAAGGGUCCAGUGCAUCAUAGAUUUGAAGAGGAAAGUCUGUGACGAGGCUGUUGGCCAGGGUGACACCAAACCUGGAUUUGUGUUAAUAAAUCAGAAGGGCAUAGACCCCAUCUCUCUCGACGCUCUUGCCCGCGAAGGAAUCCUCGGUCUCCGCCGUGCCAAGCGUCGAAACAUGGAGCGACUCGCCCUAGCCUGUGGUGGAUACGCUGUGAAUUCGGUCAACGAUCUCACUCCCGACUGUCUUGGAUACGCCGGUCUGGUGUCCGAAUACAUCCUCGUAAGUCUUCAUUCCUAAAUCUACUUAGCAUUUAGGGCGAAGAAAAGUUCACUUUCGUUGAAGAUUGCAAGGAUGCCCAGUCGGUCACUCUCCUGAUUAAGGGCCCGAACAAGCACACUAUCACUCAAAUCAAGGAUGCUCUUAAGGACGGCCUGCGUGCUAUUAAAAACACUCUUGAAGACGGUGAGUCAUACUUUGACAGAGUAUUGAGCGCGAAGGGUCAUAUUUUUGUCACCGGUUAGUGUGACAUGGUACUUCAGCUCCUAAAAAGAUAGGCGGGACGACUGAAAGUGGUUUGCAGGGGCCUAUAUUUUCGUUAGUUUUAUUUGGUGUUUGCCCGUUCUUAGGGCAACACCGGCCUCCGCGAGAAGAGACCCACCGGAAUCGAUGCAACAUAGACGUGAUUAGACGUAGAAUAGAGUAAACACAAAUUGCCAUGUGGAAUACAAUGACUAAUCAGCUCGUAGUGCAUAAUGCCCGUGGUCUUUUGUCAACUGUGAUAAAUGACGCCAGGUUAAUGGACAGUAUAAUAUGGAUCUAAGCAUAAGCAGCACGCUGGACUACUCAGUCCUAGUGCUUUUGGCGGUCGUUUGUCAAAAAAUGGUGGCCGUUAUCUCACACAUUUCGGUCGGGGCAAUAUUCCCGUACAUAUUUGUUUCCAGAUACCUUCCACUACUUAUCAGACCAGCCUGGUUUUGGAGUGUAUUCCGGAUAUUCCAGCCUGGUAUGCAUUAAACUGCGAGUUCAAGGAGCAUUCUGCCACCUUUUUUGCACUUGCACACUGCAUUUAUUCCUACGACUUUCUUGUCUGACCUGUUAACAUUCUCGAGCUUCUGUGGUCGCCGAUCUGGUGAUUUUGAUCUAAUCUAUCCUCAACUGGUGAAGGCCGAAUACCAGAAGUCCAGAAUACAUUUCUCUGCGAACCAUAGUGACUGUACUCAUAGCAUCACGACCACUAAGCCAAGUCCCGAGUAGUAGCAGAAGGGGGGGGGGGGGGUUGUGUACAUGCACACGACAGGGCGCGUGCCCGAGUGAGCUGCAAUCUCAAGCAUGUUGAGGUGGUGUAUCGCAUAACCCGAGGGGUGGCGUGUUUAAUUGAGGCACGGGCGACAAAUUGUCUAAGUGCGCAUGUUGUGGUCGGCAAGACUAAGGUCAGUGCGCCUGGAACCGCUCACAGGGGACGUGACGUUGAACAAAGACACCGGGCAUUACAGUAGUGGCUGUUGGCCACGGGGUCAUCGACCAUCUGCGAAGUUGGGCUUAGGACAACAGCACUGGAUUGUGUGACAGGCAAGGGAACACAUAAACCGCCCUAAACUUCUUCCUUGAAUAGGCCGGGUAUUCUCGGAGGCUUGUGAGACUACAGCUUGCCUAUUUGUUCUCAAGUAGUAGUGGCUAAGUCUGCGAUUUCUGCCCGUCUUCCAUCACGGCUGGACAUUCAUGGUCGUGCAGAAGAACUGGAAGGAAAAGUGCCCGAUCAUUUGGCUAGUCAUGUCAUUAUUACUAUCUGUUUGGCAGCCAUGUCGCCCACUUCACGCUCAUAGCCGUUAAUCGCGGGGUAUGCCUUCAGAUCGGGGAUGCAGCGCCGAAAUACCUUGACUUUCGCAGUGUUAAUGAAUAAACCGACUGAUUUACCGACGUCGUUCGCCUUAGGUUGCAUUCUAUCGUAGCUUGACGCUGUCACCUCGAUAUCGUUGGUUAGACGGCGUCUUGGUGUAAAUUCAGCACUGCUGAAACCGCGUUCAGCUUCUUCAAUGAUCCAGCCAGUGCCUUAGCGUAGCUGAAGGUUCCAUGAACUACAUCUUUAUGGGAAGCUGCAACUGUUCUUUUCGACAUAAAAUCGAAGUCGUAAAAGAAUGGACCGGUUUACCGCCUAGCUCUUUUAUCCAUUAAAAAAGUAACAAUGGUCGUCUAUUGCCGACGGCCAGCCUUUCUAACCGCAGUCUCUCACCGGUAUAUGUAUUCGCACAGUAUUUAUUCGGCUGCAUGCUCUUUUUGCCGUUAGUAAACCACCCACACUUGGAUUGCAAUGAACUUUUGCUGUUCUCUUUUCGUCCACAAAGGAUGUGUGGUGCCGGGCGCUGGCGCUUUCGAAAUCGUUGCACAUCGCGCCCUAAAGAAGUAUGAGGAGACCGUCAAGGGCCGAGCGCGAUUAGGUGUUCGGGCUUUUGCCGACGCCCUCCUCAUCAUACCUAAGGUUUUGGCCAACAAUUCUGGCCACGACCGUCAAGAAACUAUUGUUCGUCUCCUUGAAGAAGCGGCUCUUGUUGAGGCACGCAAGGGACCACCUAAGGAGAUGGUCGGUCUUGACCUGGCUACUGGGGAGGUGAUCCAACCCGCCCAACAGGGCAUUUUGGACAACUACAACGUGAAAAAGCAAAUGAUCGGAUCCGCGUGAGUAGUAUUGCCACUCUUUGUCAUUCACAUCAUGUUUCUAACUAGUGCAAGACUUCCGCUCCCCCAUGACAACGCAUGCCGAUGUUUUGAAUCAGGCACUUGUCCUAUGACACUUUUCACUUUACUCUUAGGGCUGUUAUCGCAACCAACUUGCUGCUGGUCGACGAAAUCAUGCGCGCCGGACUCAGUUCGCUCAAGGGUUAA